UCUACCCUCCCCGAAAACAAAACUAUAUUUUCCGUGAACUGCGAAGUGGCUUUUUCAUGGUCUUUGGCAAAAAGUGAGUUUUUUAGCGCAACACCUGUUUCAGAACCUUUACAUCGGACAGUUUAUCUCAUUUAAACCACCAAAGCUUUCAAAUGGCCGAAAAUAACUCGGAAGCCACGCGCAGACUGAAUGUGAAGCGACAGACCUUGGACGACGCUUACGCGGCCCCUGCUAAUUUUCUCGAGAUAGACGUUAUUAAUCCCGUUACCCACGGACUGGGAAAGAAACGCUAUACCGACUACGAAGUUCGAAUGCGGACAAAUCUUCCCGUGUUCAAGCAGAAGGAAUCCAAUGUCCGCCGUCGUUACAGCGAUUUUGAGUGGCUCAGAAAUGAACUGGAGCGCGAUAGCAAGAUCGUAGUGCCUCCGUUGCCUUCCAAAGCGUUCAAACGACAGCUGCCUUUCCGACAGGACGAUGGCAUCUACGAGGAAGAGUUCAUCGAGGAAAGACGGAAAGGACUGGAGGUCUUUAUCAACAAGAUCGCUGGACAUCCGCUUGCGCAGAACGAACGCUGUCUGCAUAUGUUCUUACAGGACCCGAAUAUCGAUAAGAACUACGUGCCCGGGAAAAUUCGCAAUACGUAAUUGAGUUAUUCCGGAGCUUUUGAGGAUUAUACGGACCCGCCUGGAGUAGAUUAAUAAGAAUUCACCGAGCUUCGUUGUCCGCCAACCAUGGAUGUUUAUUAAUGACGUUGUACCUGUUCAUUCCUUACCCGUUCUGAAAAUGGAUUUAUUGACAAGCUGAUUUUCUCGAUUUAAACCGUUUUAUGCUGCUUUACUCGUACUUGCACACUCGGUGGUUUUGUAUGCACUUCCCUUUACUUAUUUUUAUGUAUUUACAAUCUAAUCUUUGUAUUUAUUGGUUUUCUUAUUUGUGAUUGCACAUUUGAGUGAAUUACGCGAGUAUAAAAAGGUGACUUUGAAGAAAAACGGCUAAAUUAUCGAGCAUAUUGUAUGUGUUUGCUAUACUUGAAUGAAAAUCUACUGAUUAA